CUUUUUCCAGCUGUUCCAUGCCGUCAGACCCUCAAAAGCGUUCUAACAACCGCCACGAGCGGUCGCGAUCUUCGGUUUCGGUUUGUGGUGCCCAACUACUUGGAUUCGUCUUAUCGGUUCUACGUGCGCAUCUCACGUAGCAGAUAAGUGAUUUUCGCAGAGCUAAGACAUCCUCAGCAUAAUGACAACUGUCGAAGUGCAAGGUUCCUAUGGAGGCCUCUACUUUGGCUUCUGCACACUGAUCUCACAUGUGCUUCUGGCGGGGAUCACCGCAGCCAUUGUUUACAAGUGCCUGGUGCUCAAAUUGGUUCACACCGCUGGACAUGCCUUCUACUGCACAAUCGGCUUUGUGUUUUUCAUGGGCGAGGCACUGCUGGUCCGGAAUAGCGCAUAUAUGGAGUCCUCGCUGGGUCCAUUGAACCUCAACCGCCUGCACGCCGUCCUGGGUCUGUUGGCAUUCCUGGUCGGAGUCGGCGGAAUCGGAAUCAAGACCUGGCAGAAGCUGGAGCGCAAACGGGAAGACCCCAAUGCCACCGUUCGCCACUUUAAGAGCAACCAUGCUUUUUACGGUAUAAUCGGCUGUGCUCUUCUGCUGGGCAGCGUUCUGAGCGGUCUUCCGCUGUAUUUCAUCAACGGUGGUUUCGCCUUGAAAAUGCUUCAUCGAUUUUUCGGAUUAUCCGGAUUCCUCGCUCUGAUGGUAUCUCAAAUGUUCGGAUAUAACACGGGAUUCGGUCGACGACAGUGGAAGGCACACCACCAGAAGCUCUUCAAAUUUUUCACAUUCAUUGCCACCAUUACGACAGCAAAUUACGAAUUCCGGAGAUUUGUGCGAGAUGUUGCCGGCUUGGCGACAGAUUAUUUCAUUGGAUCAGAUGCAGCAGAAGCUAGAGAAGAUCUUUGAGGCCUUUCAACAAGCGAGUAGUUCAGACUGGAACAGCAAUGCUACAGGCCGUUUCCGAAUCGAAUUCCGAAACACAGUAUUGUGGAUUUUUGUAUCACUCAAAAAUAAUUCGAGUGCUUUGCGGAUCUGAAAGUCCACAAUCGAUUUAUACUAUACGUAUAAACACAUUAUAUAAGUGGAGAAGGCUUUUGUUGUCUGUCAAUCGAACUCUACUUAAGUAAACCAUAUCAGGUAUAAAAAUUAGUCAUUUUAAAUCAUUUUACUUUGCGCAUUUAUUGCAAUUUCACAGAUACAUAUAUACGAUAACAUUUUGUUGAUUAUUUAAAACAUAAAAUAAAUCUAUUUUCACAUUUA